AUGUUUUUACGGAGAAUUUGCAUUCUCUUACGUGAUGUGUACGAGACCACGAACUUUCGACCGACCAAGGGUGAGAUGCUUGUGGAGGGAAAACCAGCAGCGGCAAGUAUCCCCACCCGUCUAGGCCCCGAAAUCCGUACUACGACGUCAACAGCGAAUAAGUCCAUCUUCUUACGCUCCAUCGACAACCCCUCCAUCGCCAGGCAGUACACUGAACACAAGGCCCAGACAACAGUCGCCCGCUUUUCCCCCUCCGGCUUCUAUGUGGCGAGUGGGGAUGCGACUGGUAUUGUGCGUGUCUGGGACUGUGCCGGAGAGGGCAUCACCAAGGGUGAAUACAGUAUCGUGAAUGGCCGUAUCAACGACCUUGCUUGGGACGGUGAUUCGCAGCGCAUCAUUGCCGUCGGUGACGGUAAGCAGCGAUAUGGGCACUGUAUUACAUGGGACAGUGGCAACACGGUCGGUGAGAUCUACGGACACACGCAACAGAUCAACUCUGUCUCCAUCAGACAACAAAGACCAUUGAGGGCCGCUGCCGCCGGUGAUGAUAAAAAUCUUGUUUUCUACCACGGCGCUCCGUUCAAGUUCAAUACUGGUAUUCGAGACAAACACAUCAAUUAUAUCUAUGGCGUUGGCUUCAGCCCCGAUGGCUCAACCCUGGUCAGUGUCGGUGCUGACCGAAAGAUUUGGCUCUACGAUGGCAAGACUGGCGAGCCGAGAGGUCAAAUUGGAGAAAGGGAGCACAAAGGCAGCAUCUUUGCUGUCUCAUGGGCCAAGGACUCGCGCAAGUUUGUGACUGCCAGUGCCGAUCGAACCGUGAAGAUCUGGGAUGUGGAAGCGGGUAAGGUUACGCAGAGCUGGGAUAUCGGAGAGGAAGGAGUGUCCAACGUCAGAGAUCAGCAGGUUGGUGUGGUGUGGCCACCAGCCAGAACUGAUAGCCUGCUCAUCAGUCUCUCGUUGAGCGGGGAUCUAAACUACCUAGUGGAAGGCACUCCCAAGCCCCGGCAGGUAAUCCAAGGCCAUCAGAAGAACAUCACGUCCUUGACUCAAUUCCGGUCUGGUAGCGACGCGGAAACACUAUGGUCAGGCAGUUUUGACGGGAGAGUCUGUCACUGGGAUGUUCCGACGGGGACUUCGGAGGAAAUGGAAGGGGAUGGCCAUACAGCGUACAUUGCCGGUCUCGCUCCGACUCACGAGGGCACCGGCCGGAUUUACAGUGUCGCUUGGGAUGACACGAUUCGAUCCGUGGAUCUCGGUGCUAAAACCUACACCGGCAUCUCAACUAAGUUGUCCGGUCAACCGAAAGGCAUUGCGGCUGCGAAGGAUAAGGUGGUGGUGGGGACUACCGAAAGUGUCGAGGUCUAUCAUGAUGCGCUCAAGACCGGCGAAUUCAAGCCCCAGUUUGCCGUGACGACAGUUGCAGCCCAUGGUAAUCUUGCAGCCUUAGGUGGCGAGGACUCCUCGGUUCAAAUCUUCGACGUUUCAGCCGACGGGUUGACACCCAAGACUGACUUCAAAGCAUCACGACACCCCAUCUCAGCUCUAGCCUUUUCUCCGGAUGGCUCACUCCUGGCUGUUGGGGAUUCCCGAGGCCGUGUGUUGGUCUACCAGGCUGCGAAUGGCAACCUGGUCACGGACCGGUGGACGGCACACACCUCCCGAGUCACAUCGAUUGCGUGGAAUGAGGACAAUACACAUGUAGUUAGUGGGGGCCUCGACACCAACAUCUUCGUGUGGAGUUUGACUAAACCGGGGGACUGGUUGCAAGUGUCGAAUGCUCACAAGGAGGGCGUGAACGGAGUAGCUUGGAUUGCGGGAGGGUCCAAGAUUGCGUCGGCUGGAGCAGAUGCCGCGAUCAAGCUACGAUAUGCGACUUUUGUCCUUCCACGAACAGGUCAGCGACUAAAAGGUCUUAUCAAUCUACGAAAUCCGGAUUGGGGGUUGGAUGGCAGCAGUAAUGACGACGAGCGACGAGCGCUCCUGACCGGCGAGAUCCCCGCCCCUCGCAAAGGUCUAUCCGCACACCUGUGGGGUAAAUUCCAGAGUAUUGGUCCGCAAGCGCACGACUUCUUCUCCUCGGAACUGGGAAUUGGAGUCUUGAAAUGUAGUUUGGCUUAUCUGCUUGGCUCGCUCGCAACAUUUGUGCCCGCUAUAUCCUCGUUCCUGGGCCAUCAAGAUGGCAAACACAUGGUGGCCACGGUCACCGUCUAUUUCCACCCGGCGCGAUCGCAGGGGAGCAUGUACAAGGCCCUGAUAUGUGCCUUUGCCGCCUUCCUCUACGCCGCUCUCAUCUCCGUAACCAGUAUGUUUGUCUCGAUGUUUUUCCAGGAUACCCUACACAUGUUCCUUCUCGGUCACGCUGUAGUUCUGGUCGUGUUUUGUGGAGGUGGCCUAGGCUUUAUUGGCUGGACAAAGCAGAGACUUGGUGAUCCUUUGGUCAACGUCGCAUGCUCUCUGGCGUCUCUUUCCACCAUCACGGUGUUGACCAAAGAAGGUGCGGUGCAAAGUGGUGACUUGUCAUUCGCAAAGAUCUCCCAAGUCCUUAAGAUGGUGGUCAUGGGCGUAACCGCCUCCAUGGCAGUUUCAUUUUUGAUCUUUCCAAUCUCGGCACGAAAACAGCUGCGGUCUAAUCUCACCACGGUCACGGAAACUUUGGCCACAAUGCUAGCUUUGAUCACUGAAAGCUUCUUGAGUGGCUCGGAAGAGGAGCUCCAAACAGCGGAAUUUCUCACUACCGCUGCACGGCAUAAGAAAGCGUAUGGGCAGCUGGACAGGCUUGUGCGUGAAGCCAAAAUGGAGCACUUCGUCGUAGGUACAGAAAAGGAGUACAGACUCGAGAAGACACUGGUCCGCUGGGUCCAGGAUAUCACUCACAACAUGGGCGGUUUGCGCAGUGCUGCUCAUCUACAAUUCCAACUGCUCAAACAAACGAAAGCUGCCGAGGCCGCGCAUCAGGGGACUGAUCCUGGCUUUGGGCUGGGCUCUGGUCCGCUGCCCAGUCCAUGGUCAUUGCAUGAAGACCGCCCGCUUUUGGAACCCAUCUACGAGAGGCCAGAAGAGGAGCUGCUAGAAGCAGCGGGUGCGGACGGAUUCAAUUUCUAUGCGGAGAAUGGCACCGGUCGAGGGGCUGAACAGGUACUCUACCCAGCGGACAUCUUCGCUGUAUUCAUCAGCCAUCUGGGGCCGUCCAUGAGAUCCCUUGCGUUCACAUUGAAGGAGAUAUUCCGUGAUAUUCCGUUCAAACCGGAAUCCGACUAUCGAGUAUCAAUAAAUAGCAGAUACCGCUCGAGCCUCGAUCGAGCACUGGAAUUGUACCGAAAUUCGCGAGAAGAGGCACUUAAAACCAUCUAUAGACAACGGGAAGUUCUAGGCAUCCAAACGCUGGAAGUCGAGGCCGAUCUGGAGGAGGUGUCGGCCAGCUGCGGGCAUUUCAGUUUUUCAUUGCUCGAGUUUGGGGAGCAGCUGAAAGAGCUUCUGGCCAUAUUAGAUGAGCUGCAGCUUGUGAGUGAGGAGAGGCCCGAUGGACGAUCAUGGAACUGGCUCAAGUUUUGGCGCUGGACUUUCAAAGGGACGGUAACAGGUCACGAGCUGGAUGCCACGAUGGGGCAGGCCGAUAUAGGCGAGCACCAUGUACCAGACCCGCCUAGUAGUUCGAGCGUGUCAUCUGAUGUCACCGCCAUUAGUCUCGCAAAGCAGAGACUUGGCUAUCGAUUGUGGCGCUCUUUGGGUAUGUUUCGCCGGGACGAUACCAAGUUUGCGAUCAAGGUUGGCACUGGCGCUGCACUCUAUGCCCUGCCCGCAUUCAUUCCGUCUACUCGGCCAGUAUAUGGCCAAUGGCGAGGUGAAUGGGGUUUACUCUCAUAUAUGUUGGUUUGUUCCAUGACCAUUGGGGCAUCGAACACGACGGGGUACGCUCGGUUCUUGGGCACUUGCAUGGGCGCGGGUUGUGCUAUCCUCUCGUGGUAUGUCACUGGCGGAAAUGUGUAUGGUCUCGCCUGUGUAGGCUUGCUUAUGGCCUGUUGGAACUUUUAUAUCAUCAUUGUGCGAGGUCAAGGGCCAAUGGGUAGAUUCAUCAUGCUGACAUACAACCUCUCGGUCCUUUACGCCUACUCACUUGCCCAGAAGGAAGGGAGGAAUGAUCAAGAUGAAGGAGGCGACAGCCCCGUGAUCACUGAGAUUGCCCUUCAUCGUGUGGUUGCCGUCUUGUCAGGCUGUCUCUGGGGUAUCAUUAUCACACGAAUGAUCUGGCCGAUCAGUGCCCGGGAAAGGCUGAAAGACGGCCUGAGUUUGCUUUGGCUUCGAAUGAGCUUGAUAUGGAAACGUGGUCCCUUGUCCACCUUGGCAAAUCCAAAGGAGUCUGCCGGGUUCAUGAGUGCCCGAGAGAAACUGGAGGUCGAACGGUUCCUGUCACACCUGGAGUCCCUGCAGGCCUCAGCUCGUUCAGAAUUUGAGUUGAAAAGUGCGUUUCCCGACGCCAGCUACGGCAAUAUCCUUCGUCGCACUCGCAGCAUGGUGGAUGCUUUCGUCGCCAUCAAUCUUGAACUGGUUAAAAACAUGACUGCCUCCGAGGGAGAGCUGUCCAUUCUACGUUACACCGUCAAGGAACGGCAGCAGCUGUCCUAUCGCAUCAGUCAUUUGCUGACAGUUAUGGCCUCUUCGAUGAAACUGGAGUACCCUUUAAGCGACGCGCUUCCCAACGUCGAGCACGCCCGGGAUCGACUUCUAGCGCGUCUCUUUCACUAUCGUAAAGACCCUGAGGCAUCUCGGUUGUCAACCGACGAAGACUACGCCCUGUUGUAUGCCUACGAUUUAGUGUUGGUGAUCGACCCAGCUGCUCUGAGUCGGUCAGACUCUGCAUCUGCCGCGAUCACUCCGUCCAAGGGUUCCGCGCCCAGUGCUUCAGCACUGCAGAAGUCGACCAAGCCGCUGAACGCCGUUCCGCGACUCGACUUGGAACCCGUCUACACGGAGCUGAAGGCCGCCAUCGGCGACCACUGGUCUGAGUAUAAGGAGGCGACCGCCCUUUUUCUAUUGGGACAACUGAAUCAGAGCGAACUCUCCUCGCGCGUAGACCAUAUCAUAUGCGCCGAUCAAAAGACCGAGCACCUCCACAAUCACUUUGUCUGCGCGAUCAUCGGAAACCUGACCCGAGAUCUUCCCGACCAUGGAGUUGCCAGCUGGGUAUCCGCAAACGACAAGCCUUCGGUCGUGUCGAAACCAAAUUCUGGAGAUGCCGCCGAACAGAGACUUAAGACGGAAGUGAUGCAGCUGCCUGCGAGGGACCGGCGCAGACUUAAAGCUAUACCAGAGCGUGACCACAAUGAAAUUUCGUCCAACGACUUGGCGGUAUAUCACCUAGCGAAACAGAUCAAGUUGCCCAGUCAAGUACCUGCCAGCGCCGGCGGACUAAACAAGACAAAUUGGGAAUUGGAAAUUCGAAAACGUUAUGCACAACCACUAGCAUCUGAGACCGGCGAGUUUCCGGAUGCUGAAUCGAUUCAUGCACGCAUGGUUCCUAUAUGCUAUGAAGAAUCUAUAGUCAGUGGUGCAAGCUUACCCUGUGCGGAAUACAUGGCCAUUGCAACAGAAACGUUCGUCAAGGAAGUCUUGUCGGUGGUCUUUUCACGAACAAGAUCUAACGGUCCCUCGGGAACCAUUAACGGUAUGAUGAUGCGCAAGUAUCGACAACAGCUGGAAAGAGAAGAGUUGGCUUUCACGCGUGGGGAGAUUGUCAAAGACAGUGCGACAGGAUUGCUCCCAAUUGAAGCUAAGGAGGCAGGGGCCCGAAAACCAUUGGGCGUUCGAGACCUCCGGCUAGCACUAGAACUCGGCAGCGGUGUUCUCAGCCAUAUGCCCUUGCUUGUGGACCAGAUUAUGGGAGGCUAUCUCGAAGAUGAACUUGAGGCAGAAAAGCAUGAUCGAAACGAUGAUGUGGAGAUAACGAAUGAUGAUGCGGGAAAAAAUCUCUUCUCUGAUGAAAUGGAGAUUGACGACCUUGAUUCGGAUUGGGAGGGAGGCACAACGGCUGAUAGGGAGCACUUGGGUGCUUUAUUGGAUGAGUGUUUAUCCAUGGCCGCGUGAAUAUUAGCCUCUCUCGCUCUCUCUUCUCCCCUCUGUCUAUAUAUUGCGUUCCAGCUGGCCUCCCGUUCCUUUACUGUCUUUUUUCAUGUUCGGCCUUCACAGGCUCAAGCCGCUUGAUAUCCGUUGCUUUUGAUGCGCUGCACUUUUAUGUCGUCUGUUCUUGAUACACAUACAUUCACAUACAUAUCCAUCUUGGUGCACCGAAGAUUGAGUUCAGCAUCUUGGAUCUGGCCGGAAGCGUCAGGGCGUCUUGGGAGUCAUUAAGAUAGCCGCCACGGUGCGCGACACUGUUAUUUUUGCAUUUGGCAUGGAGUUUAAAGAUAAUAUCUGUUCUUUUGUUUAUAUCAAUCUGUUUCCUCCUCACAUCAAUGUCUUGCCUACUUGCUUCAUUGCU